UGAGAAUCACUUUCUUCUUCUUCCCUCCACGAUGUACUUUAAUUCUUGAAGAUCUCUCCGAGGCAAGGAGAGGAGCGGGAGCUCCCGCCCUUCCCCCUCUAUUCCCCAUGCUCUCCGCAUUGGUCUGGUGACCCGAAGAUCGGGCGGACCAUGCUCAAAUGAGCUGCAGUACCGCCUACGCCCGGCAAUGGGCGGCUUUUGGCACUCGGCUGCCCCGCCGCUUGCCCGCGCAGCCGGAUCAACAACACCGAGAGAACCCGCCCUCCUGCUGAACUCUGCAUCUUCUCCCAUCCCACCAACUCACCGGGCUGCGUCGCGACGAGAGAGAUUCAGAAUGAAGCCUGCCGUGAGGUUAUGGAAGCCCGUCCUCCGCGCCCAGCGCCGGGCGUUUUCGUCUUCGGCGCGCAGACUGGACAACUAUGCCUUCAUCGGUCUGGGGCAAAUGGGCUACCAGAUGGCGAGGAAUUUGCAGGCGAAGUUGCCGCCAAGCGACACCAUUCGUGUCUUCGACAUCAACAAAUCGGCGGCGGACAAGCUGGUGCAGGAGAUGGCCGCACAACAGGCCGGCGGCGCGGCUCCGGAGGUGGCACACAGCGCGGCAGACGCAGCAAGGGAUGCGGAUACGCUUAUCACCUGUCUCCCGGAACCGAAACACGUCAAGUCGACAUAUGACGCUAUCAUCUCGGCUUUUCAGACAGAACCGAAAAGAGACAAAUCCUCGCAGUCCAAAUCGCGUCUGUUUAUCGAUUGUUCUACCAUUGACCCUACCUCGUCACGAGAAGUCGCUAAUGCCGUGUCCUCGGCCUUCCCCAACGGUGAGGGCGUCUUCGUUGACGCGCCAAUGUCGGGUGGUGUUGUUGGGGCGACGGCUGGGACUUUGACCUUCAUGUUGGGAGCUCCACAAAGCCUGCUCGGCCGGGUUGAACCUAUCCUCCUGCGGAUGGGUAAGCGUGUUUUGCAUUGCGGGCCACAAGGGGCAGGGUUAUCAGCCAAGCUGGCCAACAACUACCUGCUUGCGAUUGAGAACAUCGCAACAGCAGAGGCCAUGAAUUUAGGAGUUAAGUGGGGGCUCGAUCCCAAGGUCCUCGCCAGCGUUAUCAAUGUCAGCACCGGAAGGUGCUGGCCAAGCGAGGUCAACAACCCCGUGCCAGGCGUUGUGGAAACGGCGCCGGCGGGCCGAGACUACGCAGGCGGCUUCGGUAUCGGCCUGAUGAGAAAAGAUUUGAGGCUUGCUAUCCUCGCAGCCAAGGAAGCUGGCGCAGAGCUCCCAUUAGCGAGCAAGGCGUCGGAAGUUUAUGAGGCAGCCGAGUCUGACGAGAAGUGUAAGGGGCGUGAUUUUUCGGUGGUUUACCGUUGGCUUGGUGGAAAGGAGUGAUCAUCAGUUGAGCCCACUGUUGCGCCUUGUUUAUCUAGGUUCACCAAACUUGAGCCAAAACACAACCGUUAUCCCAGGCCUUGCGACGUUGAGUGAGUGCAAAAGCCGUUC